AUGACCGUCAACGGAACCUCCUCCGCUCACUCCCGCCUCCCCCCUGGUCACUUCCUUUUCACCUCCGAGUCGGUUGGUGAGGGCCACCCCGAUAAAAUUUGUGACCAGGUUUCCGAUGCCAUUCUCGAUGCCUGCCUUGCUGAAGACCCCUCAUCCAAGGUCGCUUGUGAGACCGCCUCCAAGACUGGCAUGAUCAUGGUAUUCGGCGAAAUUACCACCACAGCCAAAAUCGACUACCAGAAGGUCAUCCGCGACACCAUCAAGAAGAUUGGUUAUGACGACUCUUCCAAGGGCUUCGACUACAAGACUUGCAACAUCCUCGUCGCCAUUGAGCAGCAAUCUCCCGACAUUGCUCAAGGCCUUGACCACGGGUCUCUCGAGAACCACGGUGCCGGUGAUCAGGGUAUCAUGUUCGGUUAUGCUACCGACGAGACGGAGGAAUACAUGCCCCUAACCAUCAUGCUCGCCCACAAGCUCAACGCCGCUAUGGCUGCUGCGCGCCGCUCUGGCGAGCUCGGUUGGCUCCGGCCCGACUCGAAGACUCAAGUCACCGUUGAGUACAAGAAGGAAGGCGGUGCGACCAUCCCUCUUCGUGUGGACACCAUUGUCAUUUCCACGCAACAUGCUGAGGAGAUUUCCACCAAGGAGCUUCGUAAGGAGAUCCUCGAGAAGAUCGUCAAGAGGGUCAUCCCCGCCCAUCUCCUUGACGCUAGGACCAUCUACCACAUUCAACCCUCUGGCCGCUUCGUCAUCGGUGGUCCUCAGGGUGAUGCAGGUCUGACUGGCCGCAAGAUCAUUGUCGAUACGUACGGAGGAUGGGGUGCCCAUGGAGGAGGCGCCUUCUCAGGCAAAGAUUUCUCCAAGGUCGAUCGCUCAGCUGCUUACACGGCUCGCUGGAUCGCCAAGUCCCUUGUCGCUGCUGGCCUUGCUCGCCGUGCCCUCGUCCAGCUGUCGUACGCCAUUGGUGUCGCUGAACCCUUGUCGAUCUACGUCGACACCUACGGUACUGGUACGAAGAGCGACGAGGACCUCGUUGAUAUUAUCCGCAAGAACUGGGACUUGCGACCUGGUGUAAUUGUCCGUGAACUCGACCUCCAAAAGCCGCAAUACCUCAAGACUGCUUCCUACGGCCACUUCGGCAACCCCGACUACGCAUGGGAGAAGCCCAAGCAGCUCAUCCUGUAA